AUGGAUGGAUAUAUACCUAUUCUAAAUCAAGAUCAAAUAACACCCGAACGCGACCGUCACUCGCAACGUGAACGCGAUAGAGUCAAUCGACUCCAGAUGACGUCUCCUACGAGGCGCAAUCGUCGCCAUGCUGCCCAUGACAAUCAGAAUAGGCCUCCACCUCCUGUACCCCAGCCUAAUUUUGUGCCGGCUAAUGAGCCCCAAGCAGGGCCUGUUCCACAACCUUUUGUGGAGCAACCUCCUCCCUACUUUCGAUAUCGACCGCUACCAGUCGAGCAGUAUCCUGGCUUGCCACGAAAUGCAAUUGCGCAAGUGCAGCGUGCUCAUCAUCAUCCUCCAGUGGAUUAUAAUGCACGCUUGAAUGAGCAAAUGAAUGCAGCUCAUAAUGAUAGACGCCGUCGACGUAAUAUUCGUCGGCAACAGGACAGAGACGAGAUAAGACAGCAGGCACAGGCAGAACUCAUGCAGCCUCCACAGGUGCUUCCAAUUCCUAACCAGCACAUUCAACCUGCUCCUCCCGCUCCUCCUGCAUAUGGCCCUAUUCAUUAUGAGGGUGCUGUUGGUCCUCACAACUUUGACAAUCCCCUGCGCUACCUUGCACCUAAUCAUGCACCACCUAUGCCUGCACUACCAGAACCAGAUUAUCAGCAGUUUAACCUUCAGUUUCAAAAUCAUAUCAAUGCAGAGCAAAGGGAACACGAGCACAUUAGAAAUGACUUGCUUCAAAGGCAAGCACAGGAGGAAUUCCGUCGAAAUCAAGUGCGGCUACAAUUGCAGCAGCAAGAGGCUGAGAGGACAGGCUCAAUUGCAGCAGCAGGAAGCUCUUCGCUUGCAGCAGCAGCAAGCUCUUCACCUGCAGCAACGGCAAGCUGA